UUGCAUAAAUUCCGUACUCUAAAGGAUCUAACAUUCCAACCGGACAGUUCACAUGUGUGUUGACUGUAUUGUCAUCAGCAGUGCGGACUAUGUUAGGUACCUAGAGUGAAUCACCUCCUUUCACACCAAGCUUUCAAUACCUUUUACGUACCAAUGUGACUACAAUACAUAGUGAACUGCUAUCUAAGAUUCUAACUAAUAAGGAUCUAAGGCUUAGAGGAACUGAGUCGCGAGAUGUCGGCGGUCGGUUGUGUUACGCUAGACGGUAUCCAUAAGUACCUAAAGUCCGUGUCCAAACAAAGAGAAUGUAUUCCUCGGUAGUGAGUAAAUAUUUCCCCAGCGGGACCUAUAUAUUACUUUGAUAGCUCGCUGCAGGGAACCCCCGUGGCUGAUUACUUGUCUAGGAAUAUUGUGCUGUUUUAUUUUAUUUUUAUUUAUUUCUCUUGGUAGUACAUUCACCUCAAAUUGGACAUACAUAGGGUUAUUAACCUAUUCUACUUUUUCUACUGUCUCCCAAAAAAAAAAGAAGAAGAGGAAGAGGAAAGAAGAAAAAAAGAUAUAGUAUUCCCAAAGGUCGAUUUAAAAUCCUUCCAUAUUAAAUCGCACCGCUCUCUCACAAGGGGACUAUCGCGACUUGUCCCGUCAUGUCGUCACCAGAAUCGUCUUCGGACGAGUCGUCCGCCACCAUAACGGAGCAAACCCAUCGUGAUGUCGAAGCUCAGGAUCCCUCCAAGAAGCUAUCAUACUGGCAUCGCCAAUUCGACCUGGCGGGUAUCACGCCCGCCGUAAGGGCCUGGAGAUAUAAAGGCAGCGGGACAGCGGAAGAUCCUUUCAUAGUCGACUUCCUCCCCGAAGAUCCCAAGAACCCGAUGAAGUUCUCCGUGUGGAAGAAAUGGGGUAUCACAGCUUUACAGGCCAUUGCCGUCCUCGCGGUUACCUUCGUCUCGACGGCUUAUUCCGGUGGUAUCGGUGAGGUUAUUCGCGAAUUCAAGGUCAGCGAAGAAAUUGCCAUUCUGGGAAUCUCCCUUUUCGUUCUUGGCUUUGCCGUCGGGCCGCUACUAUGGGCUCCGUUGUCGGAAAUGUACGGUAGACAGUUGCUAUUCUUCAUUACGUAUGGCUGCUUAACCGCGUUCAAUGCUGGCGCGGCAGGAUCUCAGAACAUUUGGACGCUCAUCAUCCUCCGUUUCUUUGCUGGAACCAUCGGAAGUUCGCCCCUGACCAACUCGGGCGGAGUUAUUGCCGAUAUGUUCACCGCCAAAGACAGAGGUCUAGCUACUGCUCUCUUCGCUACCGCUCCAUUCCUAGGUCCCUCCAUCGGCCCUAUCGCCGGUGGCUUCCUCGGUACAGCAGGAGGAUGGCGAUGGGUUGAAGGUCUCAUGGCGGCUUACACCGGUCUCCUGUGGUUUAUCUGCACGUUCCUCGUCCCCGAGACGUACGCGCCUAUCCUCCUCCGCAGACGAGCCGAGAAGCUAUCCAAGCUCACCGGAAAGGUCUACGUGUCUAAGCUCGACGCCGGCAAGCCGAAGAAGACUGUUUCCCAGGAGUUCAAGAUCUCUCUAUCUCGUCCUUGGAUCUUACUGUUCCGCGAACCAAUCGUUCUACUCACUUCGCUUUACAUGGCUAUCGUAUACGGAACCCUAUACAUGAUGUUCGCCGCCUUCCCGAUCGUAUACCAGCAGAACCGUGGGUGGUCCGCGGGUGUUGGCGGUUUAGCUUUCCUGGGUAUCGCCGUCGGUAUGAUAGUCGCGGUUUCGUACAGCGUAUGGGACAACACGCGAUACGCCAAGACGAUGGCAGCUCACGGCGGGAACGCGCCGGCUGAAGCGAGAUUGCCACCUGCUCUAGUCGGCUCCGUAUUACUGCCUGUUGGAUUGUUCUGGUUCGCGUGGACUUGCGGACCUAACGUACACUGGAUCGUGUCUAUCAUUGCAUCUGGGUUCUUUGCCACCGGACUGGUGCUUGUCUUCCUCAGCUUGAUGAACUAUAUGAUCGACUCAUACGUCAUCUACGCCGCCUCGGUGCUAGCAGCAAACUCCGUGCUCCGAUCGAUCUUCGGCGCCGCGUUUCCGCUGUUCACGACGGCCAUGUACAACAACCUGGGGAUCCACUGGGCGAGCUCGAUCCCGGCGUUCCUCGCCGUCGCGUGCCUGCCCUUCCCCUUCCUGUUCUACAAGUACGGCGCGCGCAUCCGCAUGAAGUGCAAGUUCGCCGCCGAGGCCGCCAAGGUCCUCGAGAAGAUGCGCACGAGGAACGACCACGACGGCCCGCCCGGAAGUCCGCCGGAAAAGCCCCAGCAGCAACACGAGAAGGUGGGGAAGUCGGGCGAGGAGUCGAAUUCGGAUACAGCGAAUGAAUGAACGGACGAAUGAAUGAAUGAUUGAAUUCGUGCAUUCCAUAAUAUUGCCAUGGGGACGAAAUAAGAUGGAUUCAGACUGCUAGUACAUAACCCAUAGGUACUUUGAGUUAUAUUUUUAAAAACGGUCAUUUUGGGCUUGUCGAGCAUAAGGUAGUAGUGGUAGUUUAUCACCAUCCAUCAUCCAUCAUCACGCUGCAUUCGGAUAGAAUUGGGCAUUCCCAGGGAGAAUUAGGUUAUUUUCACCGGGCUACGACAUAAUACGCAUACCUGUUUAACGGCGCCUUACGGGCUCGGAGACAUAGGUGUUAUAGUUAAUUACAAAUCUCUACUUUGUCUGGUAGUUAGGUAGUAUAAACCGUCUCAGAGAUCAUCGUGAUUCGUAAUCUCAAUUUUGACGCCUGGAAUCUUCUUUACCGGUACUUUCUGGGGAGCUUUGAUACGACCAUCGAGGUUAUUGUAGGUAACCGUUGUAUGCUAGUUGAUAUACUAGGAGGCGUC